UACUGUUUUCAUUAUUUAAUAAUAAACAAAGCGAACAGAUAUAAACAAAGCUGGCGGCGAUAUUUUUCCGUCAGUAAUCAGCAAUCACGUAUUAAUUAACAUUUACAUACAAUGUCGACAUUAAAUAGAGCUUUACCUCUACUGAGGACAUCAAUAAGAUGCAUUACUACUGCGCCGCGCAAUACAAUUCCAAAUACCGUGUGUCCGAAAGAAACAGCUUUUUUCAAAACUUUGGCCCCAACCUGGUGGGACGAUAAUAGUGUUGUCAAAUUACUUCGGUAUAUGACCCCGGUUCGUGUUGAAUUAUUAAAGGAGAAUUUAAUCAAUGCUGGACUGGUGCAUAGCGAGGAAGUAGAUCCACAACGCCCGUUCGAAAAUAUUAAAGUUUUAGAAGUUGGUUGUGGUGGUGGAUUUCUGGCUGAAGCAAUCGCUAAACUCGGCGCACACGUAACAGGCAUCGAUGCCAAUGACGAUCUAAUACGCGUUGCCAAAGAGCACAUGUUAAAAGAUGAAACACUCAAAAAGAAUCUAACAUAUAAAACGGUCACAGUCGAAGAGUUUGCGUUGGAGAACGCGGAGCGCUUCGACGUUAUCGUUUCGUCCGAAGUGAUUGAGCACGUUCUGGAUAAGGAGGUAUUCGCAAGCAAUGCGCUUAAGUGUCUGCGUCCGGGAGGCUCAGCGUUUUUCACCACCAUGAAUCGCACGCCGAUUUCUGGCUUUUAUUACAUUUACUUGUGCGAAAAUGUGAUGAAGCUUAUACCAAAGGGCGCCCACGAAUACGCCAAGUUUAUGCGUCCUAAAGAAAUGGUCGAUUUGUUUAGGAAAUAUAAAUGCAUCACCACGAACAUUGAGGGAUUCACGUUGAAUCCAAUCACUGGAAAUUGGUUUAGGGUUGGCCAUCCACAUUUCAACUUUGCUCUGCAUGCAAUUAAACACACAACGGUUUAAUAACAAACAAAUCAAUACUUUUGUGUGUUAAACUUUAUAUAACUGAUUUUUACAUUGUCCGUUGGUGCGGAAUUAUUAAAAACGUAUGUAAAAACUGCAUAAAAA